GAUAUUAAAGUAAUUUAUUUAUAUACUAGCAAUACCAAGGAUGCAGAUCAUCAGCAUCUUAGUGUUAGUUUGUGUCGGUGUUGCUCUUUCGGCGUCGCCCACUAAAUACACAAAUAAAUAUGAUAAUAUUAAUAUUGAUACGAUUUUGCAAAACGACAGAGUGCUAAAUAAUUAUUUAAAAUGUUUGAUGGAGGAAGGACCUUGCACUGCGGAGGGCCGUGAACUUCGAAAAACGUUACCUGACGCCCUUGCUAGCGGAUGCAGUAAAUGCAACGAAAGGCAAAAACAAACAUCCGAAAAAGUAAUCAGGCAUUUGAUGACAAAAAGGAAGCGAGAUUGGGAGAGACUUACUAGAAAGUACGACCCGAAGGGGGAAUACAAAAGACGCUAUGAAGAAUUCGUUAAAAAUAAUCCAAAAGAAUAAGCCUUUUGAUUUUUGCUUAAUUUAGGAUACAGUAUUAUAUGGAAAAUUCUUGCCGUCACUUAAUAGCGUAGUUAGAAAUUAAUUAUAUUUUUAUUAUAAAGUGAUCAAAACACA